ACUGGCCGACUUGACCCAUCGACCCUCAAGUUUAAAAUUUCAAGCUUCAAGGCUUCAUGUUUAUAUGGUAGAUUCAUACUACGCCACGAAACGCUUAUCAAUGAUAUCGCCUCACCGAGGUUCACAUUCAGAAUAGAAAGCCGACUGGAGGUCGAGAGUAUAAAUAAAAACCUACAACAUUAGACGGGUAUAAAUAGCGUUUGCAUCAGUCGCGCAAAGAUCAUGUCCGAGUCUACGACCCCAAGGGACUUCACUCCUGCCAUUUAUGUGAGCCCCUCAAAAGUGGAUGCCAAAGAGUUGCUCCGCACAAUCCGGCUCAUUGUCUGGAUAGCCGAACACGCUUUUGACCUUAUAGGUCCAGCUGUCGAGACUCUUGUGUUGUUAGUGAAUUAUGCAGGCAAUACCAGGAACCCGUCAUUUGGCUUGUGCUGCACAACGCUCGACAUCGUUCAAAUACACUAUCUAGAACGCCUCGGCCUUGUGCUCGUUACAUCUUCCCUGACUUUUAAACGCAUGUAUUGCACUACUCGUGUCAUUCAUGGAUCGCUAUACUCGACGGAAGUUGGUCUUCAACCCUGUCAUCAACGAGAAUGGAUGCGCUUGUAAAUCUUGCGAGGAAAAGCGCUCUUGGAUGUUCGUGUGGCAGAAGGCAUCCGUAUUUUUCUCAGUUUCUGUAAACAUCGAGCCAAGAUCAAUUAAUCCUUCCAUAUCUGGC